UAAAAUUGCGCUUCUCAAUGCAUCUCCUCUUGCUUCUGCAUCGUCCAUUUCUUGUUUCUCGCACAAAACAAAACCAAACCCUACUCUGUCUCUCUCUGUCUCUCUCGUAUUCCAUAGUCCACUCAAACAUGAAUGAUUGAACACUGCUUUCACAGUUUGCUCAGCUCUCUCUCUCAGACAUCCUCCCUCGUCCUCGCCCUCGCUCUCGCUGUAUUUCUAUAUAUACAAAACUACCGGCACAAGACACAAGACACAAAGAGCAACCACGAACUGUUGCUCUCUUGGUAUACGCAUAUAUAAUGGAGGGACUGUACGGACUGCACAUUCCCAUGGAGGCUGUACCGGAGGACCUGCAGGUUUCUCCGGAAGAAAGUAACCGUAAUCAUCAUGAUCAUUAUCCUUUUAGUUUUUUUCACCCGCAAAGCUCGACGUCUUUUCACCUGUGCGGGCCGGACCACCAGUUGGUGCCGGGUUCGUCCGCCGUAUCCGAUGCCGGGUCGAGCAUGGUUGUCGUUGCGGACGGAGGAGGAGGAGGAGAAGACGAAGAAGAUGAUGGCGACGCCUCGACAACGCUUCGAGCCAAGAUCGCCACGCACCCUCUUUACCCUAAACUGCUCGAGGCGUAUGUUGAUUGCCACAAGGUGGGGGCUCCGCCGGAAGUAGCGGGUUUACUGGACGAAAUCCAGCGACAAAGUGACGACAUAUCUAUGGUCACAGGAUCUGUUGACAAUUGUCUCGGUUCGGAUCCCGAACUUGAUGAGUUCAUGGGAACUUACUACAGGAUGUUGGUGAAGUACAAAUCGGAUCUGUCAAAGCCGUUCGAGGAGGCAACCUCGUUCUUGAACACCAUGCGUGACCAGCUCAACACUCUUUGCCACGGGUCGUCUUCAUCGACCAACUAUCUUCAUGUGAUGGAAGAUUGUGCUGGGUCAUCUGAGGAUGAUCUUAGUGGAGGUGAGAUCGAUGUGUCGGAGGGAAACCGGUCCAGUGAAGACUGCGAACUUAAGGAAAAACUCCUGCGCAAGUACAGCGGAUACAUCGGGGCUCUAAAGCACGAUUUCUCGAAGAAGAAGAAGAAAGGGAAGCUGCCACGGGAGGCCCGGCAAUUGCUGCUCGAUUGGUGGAGCAUUCAUUACAACUGGCCAUACCCCACUGAAGCGGACAAGCUCGGAUUGGCAGAGGCGACGGGGCUGGACCAGAAACAGAUCAACAACUGGUUCAUAAAUCAGAGGAAGCGCCAUUGGAAGCAGGCCGAGAACAUGCCAUCCGGCAUCAUGGAGAGUCUGUAUGGACCGUUAUUCGCAAAUUAGUGAUAUCAGGUGUUGGGUGCAAGAUUUCUCACGUAGGAUCACCUGUAUAAGUUACGGAACCUUGCCUCUUGGUUUUCCAUGCAAUUGAAAAUACUCUCCUCUUUCUUAA